AUGAUCUUUGAAGGUGACAGUGGCGGUGGUUUAUAUAUGAAGGUCAACAUUAAAUGGUUUAUUAAAGGAAUAUUUUCGUCUUCACUUCUCACGGAUGAAGGAAUGUGUGACGUUGAAAGUUAUUCGAUCUUCACUGAUGUUGCGAAAUUUGCAAAUUGGAUAGCUAAGGAAAUGGACAUUGAAACUGAUAUGACGUGCAAGUUUAGUUAA